UCACCACAGUCAUCUCAUCUGAUGUGUUUUAUUUUAUAGGGACCACGUGGCCAAGCAGAAAUGAUGCGCCAUGGCUACGGGCGGGGCGCUGGCCCCCGAGGUGAGUAGUGUGUACCGCUCCAAUCACACAGUCAUGCACAGCCUCGCUAUAGACUACACGGCUUCUGUCAUUGGCUGGAUUUAUUUCGCCGCCUGGACGUUGUCGUUUUACCCACAAGUCAUCAUCAACUGGCGCCGGAAAAGCGUGGUGGGUCUGAGUUUUGACUUUGUUCUCUUUAACGUCACCGGGUUCAUCGCCUAUUCUUGUUUCAACGUGGGCCUCUACUGGAUACCCUCCAUCAAGGAAGAAUACUUCAAAGACAACGAAGAUGGUGUCAGCCCAGUCCAAAUCAAUGACGUCAUCUUCGCCUUGCACGCGUUGGCCGUGUCUUUAUUUAUAGCGCUGCAGUGUGUCAUAUACGAGCGAGGCCACCAAAAGAUCUCGACAUGGAGCAAGGUCUUCCUGUGCGGUGUCGUGCUUUACGUCAUCAUCAGCUCCAUCCUGACACUGACCAGUCACAUGACCUGGCUGGACUUUCUCUACAACUUCUCUUACAUUAAAUUAGUUGUCACCUUUUUAAAGUACACCCCCCAGGCGUAUUUCAACUUUAAACGCAAAAGCACAGUUGGAUGGAGUAUAGGCAAUGUGUUGUUAGACUUCAUUGGUGGCUGGCUCAGUAUCUUACAGAUGUUUCUAUUGGCUUAUAACGGAGACGACUGGGACUCCAUCUUUGGUAACGUGACCAAGUUCGGCCUGGGGGUGGUGACCAUCAUCUACGACUCCAUCUUCCUAGUGCAGCAUUACGUCCUGUACCGAGGUAAGGCCAGCUACCAGGGGCUCAAGGAGCUGGACAUUGAGGUCACGCCGCCUGGCCACAUGCUGGACAAACAUGCAGCAGGAGGCGCUCACACCUCUCUGCUCAAAUCUUACGACAGUGUUCAACCAGCAGGGGUAUCAGAGACUAGCAGACCACGGGGCUUGAUGACCAGCCUGUAGCCCCCACUUGAGUGUA